GAGGUCGAUUGGGAGGAGUUUAGCGCUUGGUGCCUCGAAAAAGAGCGCUUGCUGCGUCAGGUUUUUGAUGCCAUCGACCACGAACAGGAUGGUGACCUUCAAGCCAGUGAAAUCCGGGCCGCUCUCAUGCAGCUCAACAUGGAUGCAAGUGAGGAUAUGGUGGAGCGCAUGCUUGGCAUCCUCGACCAGGACCGCAAUGGCUCCAUCAGCUGGCACGAGUGGCGCCAUGAAAUGAUGCUGGCACCGACUGCUCACGUUCAAGACGUGUUUCGGUACUGGGCCUUGAUCGCCGGCCAUGAUCUGUACGAAAGUGGCGAGGACCAGGUGCCUACCCUUCCCCGGUGGUGGCGUACUCUUAUAGCUGGCGGCAUUGCGGGUGCGGUGUCACGCACAUGCACGGCGCCUCUGGACCGGCUCAAGCUUUUGAUGCAUGUAACGGCUGGAGACAAACAAUUCGGCCUGAUCCAAGGCUUCAAGUAUAUGCUGAAAGAGGGUGGUGUCAAGUCCAUGUGGCGCGGCAAUGGUGUCAAUGUCUUGAAAAUCACCCCCGAGUCGGCGAUCAAAUUCUUCGCUUGGGAGCAAGCAAAGGCAGCCAUUUACUCGAGUGAUGAUCCGCGCGAGGUGGAUCCGGUUGAGCGCGUCAUGGCGGGCUCUAUCGCGGGCGUCAUCGCCCAGGUUUCAAUUUUCCCGUUUGAAGUGGUCAAAACGCGGCUCGCUACUGCCAAAACGGGGCAGUACGGCGGUAUUGCUAAUUGUUUGCAUCGGCUGUACCUUGAGGGUGGCAUUCCGCGAUUCUAUCGUGGCCUCCAGCCCGCCAUCAUUGGCAUGAUACCGUACGCCGGCAUUGACUUGGCCGUUUACGAGACCUUAAAAUCAGUGUAUGAAGCUCGCUAUGAACGGUCGACCUUGGCCAUUCUCGGCUUUGGUCUGGUCAGCAGCUGUUGUGGCCAGCUCGCCAGCUACCCGCUCGCUUUGGUUCGCACGCGACUUCAGGCGGAUCCCCAAAACAAUAACAACAUGGUGCAGGAGCUGCGCGAUGUGCUGCAGAAGGGCGGUCCGCGCGCGCUGUAUCGUGGCAUCGGUGCCAACUUUCUGAAAGCCGGCCCAGCCGUUAGCAUUAGGUAUGGCCAUCGCCUUGCUGACGCCCCCAAUCCUCUUGUUUGUUUGCGCCCCCGCAAAUUCAAAUUCAAAGUCUUGGGACACUCACAUUAUCUCGUCUCCUCUUGA